AUGGGUCAAUUCUGGACGACACUCGAGACGGCGGCCUAUACGCUCCGCGGCGCAUUAUCCGAGGUACUAUCCGAGCUCGGGAACACAACACACGAAAGCUGGGCCAAGACCUGGCAAUCCGGCGGCCUGUCUUCUCCUACACGGCUGAAGGCGGCAUCAACGAAGAACGUGGAGUUCCUGGUCAGGGUAGCCGUCUUGCCACCUCCCAUAAUUCAGAUACAGGGGCAAUGUGGCGGCGUUGGAUCGAAGGCUUCGCUGUCUGCCUUUACACGGUCCAAGGCGUGA